AUGCAUGUGCUCUUUUGGGGCUUGGGGUUCCUGUUUUUCCCGGACUUGAUGAACGUAGACGCGAGACUCUCCAAGUCCGGCACAGUAAAGGAGGAGAUCGGCGCCUACGAGAUCGUGACACCGGUGCGCGUGGACGACGCCGGGGACAAGUUGCCGAGCCGCGCGCACUUCAGGAGGAGGCGGCGCAGCGUGGCGGAGAUCCCCGCGGAGCACGGCUGGGCCGCGCCGAAUAUCCACUACCGGAUUUCCGCUUUCGGACAGAGUUACCACCUCAACCUCACGCUGGAGUCGGGAUUUAUCGGCCCGCGCUACACCGUGACGAUACUCGGAGUACCGGCGGCGCGUAACCGCGAGGAGGACACGGAACUCGGACACUGUUUUUACCAGGGGCGCGUGAACGCGCGGGACGAGCGCGCCGCCGUCAUCAGCGUGUGCGCCGGAUUGUUUGGUACCUUCAGGUCUCCAGAAGGGGAGUAUUUUGUCGAGCCCCUUCAUAGCUAUCAAGGAGAACAUUAUGAAGAGGAACACACAAAACCUCAUAUCGUGUACAGGAAGAGCGCCCCCCUCGACAAACAGAAGUCCGGGGAGAGCUCAGCUUGUGACACUUCAGAGCACAAACACAGACGUAGAAGGCACAAGGUGAGGAGGAAGCCGGCGGCCGUUCCCAGCGCUAACAUGCUAACUGACGUGGCGUCGCUAAGUGCCCGUUUGGCCGGCGAAGUCUCGCUCGGCUCGCAAAGCGGCGGUUUCGGGGCCAACGACAGCAGUGGCGCCGACUCCACACCUCACAAGCGGUCCAAGCGCUUCCUCUCCUACCCGCGCUUCGUCGAGGUCAUGCUGGUGGCCGACAGCAAGAUGGCGGAGCAUCACGGCGGCAACCUGCAGCACUACGUACUCACCUUGAUGUCCAUCGUGUCGUCCAUCUACAAGGACCCCAGCAUCGGCAAUCUGAUCAACAUUGUCAUCGUGAAGUUAGUCAUCAUCAACAAUGAGCUAGACGGUCCUCAGGUUUCGUUUAACGCACAGACCACUUUGAAGAACUUCUGCAUCUGGCAGCAGAGUCAGAAUGUCCCGGAUGAUAACCACCACUCGCACCACGACACGGCCAUCCUCAUCACCAGACAAGAUAUUUGCAGAGCCAGAGAUAAAUGUGACACCUUGGGACUGGCGGAGUUGGGCACCGUGUGUGAUCCGUACAGGAGUUGCAGCAUCAGCGAGGACAACGGCCUCAGCACGGCGUUCACCAUCGCCCAUGAACUCGGUCACGUGUUCAACAUGCCUCAUGAUGACAGCAACAAAUGCAAGGAGGACGGCGUCAAGAUCCAGCAGCAUGUGAUGGCUCCCACGCUGAACUACAACACCAACCCUUGGAUGUGGUCCAAGUGUAGCAGGAAGUACAUCACAGAGUUCCUUGACACAGGCUAUGGCGAGUGCUUGCUCGACGAGCCCGUUUCUGGGCCGUACGGUCUCUCGCAGCAGCUGCCUGGACGGAUAUACGACGUCAAUAAACAGUGUGAAUUGAUAUUCGGGCCGGGGACACAGGUGUGCCCGUACAUGACUCAGUGUCGGAGGCUGUGGUGUACCAGCCCGGAGGGUGCCCAGCGGGGGUGCAGGACACAACACAUGCCGUGGGCCGACGGCACUGACUGCUCUCCUGGGAAGCACUGCAAACACGGCCUGUGCAUAGCCAAAGAGCACGACGCCACACCUGUGGAGGGGGCAUGGGGAGUUUGGAGUCCUUUCGGCACCUGUUCUCGGACGUGCGGCGGGGGCAUCAAGAUGGCAGUGCGCGAAUGCAACCGACCCGUGCCCAGGAAUGGCGGCAUGUACUGCGUCGGUCGCCGAAUGAAGUUCCGUUCCUGUAGCUCCGAGCCGUGCUCCAAGCAGAAGAAGGACUUCCGGGAGGAGCAAUGUGCCUCCUUCGAUGGCAGACAUUUCAACAUCAACGGCCUACCUCCUAACGUUCGCUGGGUGCCCAAAUACAGCGGAAUCCUGAUGAAGGACAGGUGUAAACUGUUCUGCAGGGUAGCAGGCAGCACGGCCUACUAUCAGCUCAGGGACCGGGUCACUGACGGCACGCCGUGUGGACCCGAUACCAACGACAUCUGCGUCCAAGGCUUAUGCAGGCAAGCUGGCUGUGACCACGUCCUGAACUCCAAAGCCAGGAGGGACAAGUGCGGUGUGUGCGGAGGCGAUAACUCUUCCUGCAAAACCGUGGCGGGCACUUUCAAUAUCGUACGCUACGGCUACAAUGAAGUGGUGCGCAUACCCAGUGGUGCUACCAACAUAGAUGUGCGUCAACACAGCUACUCAGGGAAACCAGAGGACGACAACUACCUCGCCAUCUCAAAUAGCCGCGGAGAGUUCCUGCUUAACGGAGAGUUUGUAGUCAGCAUGUUCAAAAGGGAAAUUAAAGUGGGGAACGCUGUCAUCGAGUACAGUGGCUCCGACCAUGUUGUUGAGAGGAUCAAUUGUACCGAGCGCAUCGAGGAGGAGAUCAUUGUCCAGGUGCUGUCUGUGGGGAACCUUUACAACCCAGAUGUCAGGUACUCCUUCAACAUCCCCAUAGAGGAUAAACCUCAGCAGUUCCUCUGGGAUGCCUAUGGUCCGUGGCAGGAGUGCAGCCGCCUGUGCCAAGGUGAGAAGAAGAGGAAGGUGCUCUGUAGCAGAGAGUCAGACCGUGUGGUGGUGUCAGACCAGAGAUGCCAUGGCGUAGCAAGACCUGCCAUCAUCUCUGAGCCCUGCAACACAGAAUGUGAGCUGAGGUGGCACGUUGCCCGGAAGAGUGAGUGCACCGCUCAGUGUGGUUCGGGAUAUCGCACCCUGGACAUAUUCUGUGCCAAAAUCAGCCGCACGGAUGCCAAGACCCAGAAAAUUGAUGAUCGCUACUGUAGCGGUCACCGCAAACCUGAUGACAAGGAAGCUUGCCAUGGAGAUUGUAAUCCCGGAGGCUGGGAGUACUCGUCCUGGUCAGAGUGCUCAAAGAGUUGCGGCGGGGGCACCCGCCGAAGAGGGGCAGCCUGUCGAAAGGCAGCAGAGCCUGAGGGCGAUGAGAGCAAAUGCAGUCAAAGGGACAAGCUGGCCGUCCAACCUUGCAAUGAAUUCCUCUGUCCACAAUGGAAGACUGCCGACUGGUCUGAGUGCCUUGUCACGUGCGGGAAAGGCUACAAGCACCGGCAGACGUGGUGCCAGUUUGGGGAGGACCGUCUGGAUGACCGCUUCUGUGGUUCAUCGAAACCGGAGUCGGUCCAGACGUGUCAGCAGCAAGAGUGUGCCUCUUGGCAGGUUGGCCCUUGGGGACAGUGCACUACCUCGUGUGGACCUGGGUACCAGAUGCGAGCUGUGAAGUGUGUCGUUGGGUCCUAUGGUACUGUCAUGGAGGACACUGAUUGUAAUGCUGCCACCCGGCCAACUGACACCCAGGACUGCGAACUGGCCCAGUGUCCAAACAGCCAACCUGCUCAACCAGGACCCAAAGUCCCUUCUCAUCAGGGCCAUAAAACCCAAUGGCGAUUUGGUUCCUGGACCCAGUGUAGCGCCAGCUGUGGCAAAGGGUCACGGAUGCGUUAUGUGAGUUGCCGUGACAACCACGGCGGCGUGGCAGAGGAGUCGGCAUGCGCUCACCUCCCGAAACCUCCUGCCCGAGAAGUGUGCUCCGUCGCCGCCUGUGGACAGUGGAAGGUUUUGGAAUGGACAGCGUGUUCAGUAACCUGUGGUCAGGGUAAGACCACACGCCAAGUGGUCUGCGUCAACUACAGCGACCAGGAGGUGAACGCCAGCGAGUGUGACCCCGACGAUCGGCCCAGCACGGAGCAGGACUGUGCCAUGUCUCAAUGCCCGUCCCACUCCAGCGAUUACAGACCCUUCCCGUCCUCGCCAAACAGCAGUGCCAGGAACCUCAUCCCUCAGAGCCAAUCCCACCAAUGGCGGACUGGACCUUGGGGCGCGUGCUCCAGCACGUGCGCGGGAGGCUUUCAGCGGCGAGUGGUUGUGUGCCAGGACGAGAACGGCUACCCUGCCAACAGCUGCGAGGAUCGCACCCGGCCCAGUGAGCAGCGAUCCUGCGAGUCGGGGCCAUGUCCGCAGUGGAUCUAUGGCAACUGGGGAGAGUGCACCAAGCCAUGCGGAGGCGGGAUAAAGACGAGGCUGGUGGUAUGUCAACGUCCAAACGGCGAGCGUUUCAACGACCUGAGCUGCGAGAUCCACGACAAGCCGCCGGAUCGGGAGCAGUGCAAUACUCAGCCAUGCCCGUCUAGCCCCCACUGGAGCACAGACCCAUGGAGCUCGGUACGCUCAUAAAAAUUUUUUUUU